CGGGCUUCGGGCCUCGGAGCUGGGCGGGCCCCGGGCUUCGAGCCCCGGAGCUGGGCGGGCUUCGGGCCUCGGCUUCCUGCGGGGUGACGGAGGGUUCGGUUGUUCCAUGUCUGUCCCGGGUUCCUUGCUUUACCUCAGGAACGCUGGGCGACUACUGGAGAUCUCACUCCCUGGAUGACGACUGACAAAAGCACUAAAGAAAACACGGGCCAGGAAUUUACGGCCCUUCCCGCCCAAUGGGAUAUUACGGUCCCACUGAAUUUAAUGGAGAUAUAAUUGGCUCAUCGCAUCCGCUGGGGAGGGAGACACGCCACGGCGGGGCUGUUUAAAUCCUGGCCAUGGAGAUCUUCAAUGUGAGAACUUAUGCCCUUUUCUGACUGAAGAUCAAGAUGACCAGGCUGAUUCACCUGACGCACAGACUUUUUCACAGAUAUGCCUGUGAUCAACUUUUAAUUCCAAUGAGCAGGAAUAUUGCUUUAACAUUUUUAAAAAUGUACCCUUUUUCAAAAUGUUCUAAGUCAAUGUUGUCCACACCUAGCUCACUUGUUGGCGAAAAGAACAUUGUUCUUCAGGGUGCUCCUGGUGCAGGGAAGACAACAGUAGCAAUGUUUGUUGGCCAGAUUACCGGCCUUCCUGUGAUAGAUAUCAAUGAGGUACUCGAAAAGACGUGGCACAUGAGUGUGGCCCAGAAGCUGCAGGAGGUUGGUGAUGAACUAUUUUUACAAGAGGAAGGAGAAACCAUUAAGAAGCUUUCAAUUGCCAGAAGUGUUAUUUCUCUUACUGGAUCCAAUCCUAUGCAUCCCAGCAGUAUGUACCACAUGAAAAAGACUGGAAUAGUUGUUUACCUUGAUGUGUCUCUUGAAGAUAUACAGCAGAGACUUGAAGGGAUGAAUGUAGAUCAUGUUGUUGGGUUGAGGCCUGGUGUUUCAAUACAAGAAAUGUUUCAUUACAGACAGCAGUUUUACCACCAGUGGUACGAUGUACGUGUCCUCUGUCAGGUUGGUGACACAGCUGAAGCCGUUGCUAAGAAGGUCCUUGAUGGUGUAAAGAGGUAUCAAGAUUCUGAGUCUGGAAAAUUUAUUUCCACCAGAAGUAUAGCUAAAGACUCUGAGUUCAGACGAGCUCCUAGCUUUUUCACUGAUGUUGUUAUUGAAGGCCUGGCUUUAGAUGGAGGUCUCUAUGUGCCUGCAGAUCAACUUCCAGAAUUGACUGCUGGAGAAUGGCAAAGAUUGGUUGGAGCUCCUUACACUGAACGAGCACAAGUCCUCCUCGAGAAGUGCAUCCAUCCUGAUGACGUGCCAGCUGUCAACCUGCGAGAGAUGGUGGUGAAAGCAUAUGGACGGAACUUCUCUUGUAACAAGAUAGCACCAGUCAGACAUUUGAGUGGCAGUCAGUUUAUUCUUGAAUUGUUUCAUGGGCCCACGGCUUCCUUCAAGGACUUUGCGUUGCAGAUGUUUCCACAAUUAUUUGCAUACUGCAUGCCUAGAAUUUGCAAUUAUCUGAUUCUAGCGGCUACAUCUGGGGAUACAGGGAGUGCUGUUCUGGAUGGUUUCCUUCGCCUCAGUGAUGCUGACAAACAAAGAAUUGCAGUUCUCACGUUCUUCCCUGAAGAGAGAAUUAGCCAGAUUCAGAAGGCACAGAUGAUUAGUUACAAAGCAGAAAAUGUAAAGGCUGUUGGUGUCAAAUCUGACUUUGAUUUCUGUCAGACAACCGUAAAACAAAUAUUCACAAAUCCUGAGUACACGGGCUUCCUAACCGUUGAGUAUGGGACAGCUUUGUGCACUGCAGACUCAAUAAACUGGGCUUGUCUGCUGCCACAGGUGGUCUAUCAUGCCUCCACUUAUCUUGAUCUUAUCAACCAAGGUGUAAUUACUUUUGGAGAUACAGUUGAUGUUUGCAUUCCCACAGGUAAUUUUAGCAACAUAUUGGCUGCGGUAUAUGCAAAAUGUAUGGGGAUUCCAAUUCGAAAAAUUAUUUGUGCUUCAAAUCAAAAUAACACCCUGACUGAUUUCAUAAGGACAGGCAAGUAUGAUUUGAGGUGGAGAAGUAUGACUGCUUCCUUAUCUCCUACAUUAGAUGUUGUCAAGUCCUCCAAUGUUGAACGAUAUUUACAUCUUGUUUCACAUGGUGAUGGGCAGCUGGUGAGCAAGCUGUUUUCCCAGCUGGAAGAACAAUGCUACUUUCAGGUGCCAAACACUUUACUGCAGAGAGUUCAACGUAAUUUUGUGGCAGACUGGUGUUCGGAGGAAGAGUGCCUGGAUGCUAUCUAUUCUGUUUAUAGAUCUACAGGUUACAUCCUGGAUAUGCACACGGCUCUGGCUAAAGUGGUAGCGGAUCGUCAGCAUGAUGGGAUCUGUCCUGUUGUUAUUGUGUCAACAGCUCAUCCUUGCAAAUCUGCAGCUGCCGUGCUACAGGCUCUGAGGGUUAAAGAAAUCAGCCAACACCCAAUUGAUCAGCUUCAGAUGUUGAACUCCCUAAAUUCCUUGCCUUCUAUUCACAAAGCUGUACUGGAGAGGCUUGGAAAGGUUCACAUCCAGGAAAGCCAAGUGUGUCCAGCAGAUCCGAGUGACAUUAUGGAUAAUAUAGAAAGAUUUAUUCAACAGAAAUUCAUGAAUGUUGCUUAAAUUGUACGUGCCUUGAUAUUUGCCUGUAAAUUCUCAGCUCACAACAAUUCAAGGUUGAGGAUUAUUGGGUUGAAAGCUGCUUGUAAGGUUUUUUUGACUAGAUUUUAAAAAUGCAUAUUUAUUUGUACAUCCUGCUGUGUUUAUUGGAUAUUCCUGGAGCACAUUUAAGUGGAAUCAUGUUAUAUAUUGGUUUGUACUUUUAAAGCUCCUGCAUCCACUCUGUAACAUCUUUAUUGUUAACAGAUUAUAAAGAGCAAGCCUUCUAAAGAUGGAAA